UUAAUAGUUUGAAGAAAAAGAAGCAUCUUGUCCUGGUUCUCUCAACCUCCAGAAGCAGUUGGAGGUUGAUGACAGAUUAAUCAUCAAAAUGGGUCCAAGCAAAUUGAGAAGAGCCAUUGGAGCAGUUAAGGAUAAGACAAGCAUAGGGCUAGCAAAGGUGGGAAGCAGCAGCUCACUGGGGGAUCUUGAAGUGGCAAUUGUGAAGGCAACAAGGCAUGAUGAGUACCCUGCUGAAGAGAAGCACGUUAGGGAGAUCCUGAGCUUAACAUGUUACUCGAGGGCCUACGUUAGUGCCUGCGUUAGCACCAUCUCCAAGCGUCUAAGCAAGACAAAAAGUUGGACGGUUGCUUUGAAAUCCCUCAUUCUCAUUCAAAGGCUACUAUCAGAUGGAGAUCCUGCUUAUGAGCAAGAAAUAUUCUUCUCAACUAGGCGCGGCACUCGCCUUCUCAACAUGUCUGAUUUCAGGGACAGGUCCUAUUCUAGUUCUUGGGAUUUCUCUGCAUUUGUGCGCACCUACGCCUUGUAUCUUGAUGAAAGGCUUGAGUACAAGAUGCAGAACAGGCGCGGAAGGCGCAGCAGGUUUGGUUUUGAUGAAGAUGAUGAGCAAAGACAAAGAGAUAAAGACAGAGACAGAGAAAAAUAUAUAUACAGAGAUAAAGAUAAAGAUAAAGAUAAAGACAAAGAUCUUGAUAUUGAAGUGAGUACAAAAGCCACACCUUUGAAUGAUUUUAGGACCGAGCUACUAUUUUCCAAGAUGCAGCAUUUGCAGUUGCUUCUUGAACGCUUUAUAGCUUGCCGUCCCACAGGAGUGGCAAAGACCCAUCGUAUUGUCAUAGUGGCUCUGUAUCCUAUUGUGAAGGAGAGCUUUCAAAUAUAUCAUGAUAUGACAGAGAUCAUGAGCAUCUUAAUCGAUCGUUUUGCCGAAGAGAUGGAGGUACAAGAAUGCAGCAAAGUUUAUGAUGUUUUCUGCCGCGUUGGAAAGCAGUACGACGAGCUAGACAUGUUCUAUACCUGGUCCAAGUCCAUAGGCAUUGGGCGCGCAAUCGAGUAUCCGGAUUUAGAGAAGGUAACAGCCAAGAAGCUGGAGCUCAUGGAUAACUACAUCAGAGAGAAGUCCAGAAUGGCCAAAUGUAGAAAACUAGAACAACAAGAACGUCAAAGUGAAGAUGAAAAAGCAGAGGAACCUGAACCACAGGAGGAUAUGAAUGCAAUUAAGGCACUGCCGCCGCCAGAAGAAGUAAAGGAGGAGCCAGUAGAAGAAACAAAGGAAGCAGAGCCGAAGAAUGAAGAGCCAGAGCAAACAGAGGGGGAUCUAUUGAAUCUAGGAGAUGAUACAGUGACAACUCAUGAAUAUGGGGACAAACUAGCCUUGGCAUUGUUUGAUGGGGCUGCACCAGCAACAAAUAGUGACACCAAAGCUCUUCCAUGGCACGCUUUUGAUGAUUCAGCAGAUUGGGAAACAGCAUUGGUUCAAUCAGCAAGCAACUUGUCCAACCAGAAGCCAUCACUUGGGGGAGGCUUUGACACCUUGUUGUUGGAUGGUAUGUACCAACAUGGAGCUGCAUAUUCAGCCAUGCAAGGACCAGGUUAUGGGGUAAGUGGCAGCAAUAGUAGCGUCGCACUAGGCUCGGCUGGAAGACCUGCCAUGCUAGCAUUGCCGGCACCACCAUCUCGGGCAGGUGGUUUGAGUUCGUUUGGUGCAGACCCUUUUGCAGCUUCAUUGGCUGUGGCACCUCCACACUACGUUCAAAUGUCAGAGAUUGAAAAGAAACAGAGGUUGUUGAUGGAGGAGCAACUAAUGUGGCAGCAAUAUGCAAACCGUGGGAUGCAGAUGCAGGGACAAGCUGCAUACCCAAAUGUACAAGCUAACAAUACGUACAUGGGAGGGUAUCAACAGAACUAUUGGGGCUAUUCUCAUUAAAGAGAAAUUUUUAAAUCCUACAAAGGA